AUGAAUACAGAAGCUGCAAAAUAUGAAGAGCACGGUAUGAACCAUGCUGAAGGCUCUUGGCCGAAGAAUGUUAAUCCUAAUGAUCCAGAGGAAACGCAGAGAUACAGGGACAAACAGAUGAAGGAUGAAUCUUACCUGCAAUCACUAAGAACUAUUUGUGAGCCAAUGGAGCAUUAUAUACUGCAAAAUAACACUGUCAACAUUUAUGAUGACUACUAUGGAGGUAUCGAGUUCCAAUCACUUGACAAGAUGGCAACUGCUCGGAAAAUUAGUGUUUUCAGGGACUGCUCACGUCCUGAAAGACCAAUUAACCACAUUUCUUGGGCACCAGAAGGAUCAUUGAUGGCUGUAUCACACUGCAAUAUGAGUUUUGGAGCACUGCUUAAAAACACAGAUACAACAUCAUACAUCUGGGAUGUUGUGAAUCCCGACACUCCUUUCCGAAAGAUGUCGUCGUCUCGGGCGGUGACAUGUAUGGAGUUUAACCCAAAGGACCCGCACACACUGAUGAGCGGCCUGGCUACCGGAGAAGUGGGCGUCUGGGACAUCAGAGACGGCGCGGCUCUGACGUUGCACAGCACCCUCCUGUACAGCCACCGUGCGCCUGUGGCUUUGGUGCAAGUCAUACACUCCAAGACUGGAAACGAAUUUUUCUCCACUUCCUACGACGGACAGGUUCUGUGGUGGGACAUGCGCACGCUCAGUGAGCCUACGGAAAAGCUGAUCCUAGACCCUGAGAAGGGCGAACAGGACAUCAGCAGGGCCUCGGGCGCUUCCUUCCUGGAGUACGAACCUACCAUCCCGACUCAGUUCAUGGUGGGCACGCAGAUGGGCGAGGUAAUCGCCUGCAACCGCAAGAUGAAGACUCCGGCGGAAAUGAUAGUUGCAAAAUAUGCGGCACAUAAAGGACCAGUUGUGGCCCUUCACAGAAACCAGGCGCUGUUAAAGAAUUUUUUAACAGUUGGUGAUUGGUCUGCUAAAAUAUGGGUUGGCGAAUGCAAAACAUCUUCAAUCUUAUGGACAAAGUACCAUCACGUAAGACUGACAGGCGGUUACUGGAGUCCCACAAGAUUUUCGGUCUUUUUUACUACCAAAGGAGAUGGGACACUGGACGUAUGGGACGUGCUCAAGAGCAACAGUGACCCUUACCUGACAGUUAAAGUUUGUGACGAAGCGCUUACGUGUCUCAGAGUGCAUGACGAGGGCCUGCACGUUGCUGUGGGCAACUCUCUCGGGACAGUCAACCUGAUCGAACUGUCUGAGAAUUUAGCUGACGCGCCCAAGAAAGAAAGGGGAAUUUUAGCUACCAUGCUGGAACGAGAAUGCCAUCGCGAGAAAAUAUUGGAUGCCAAAGUACGUGAACAGAAGUUGAAACAGAAACUUAAAGGGAGGGAAGAUGAAUCAAGAAUGUUGGUUGGAGCUGCUACUACUGCUGCUGAAGAAGCAAGAGUGGAAAAAUCUGAAAAGAAGUUCUUCGAAAUUAUUGACACGGUAAAUAUUUAUCUAAGCCAUUUGAGUGCGUAA